UUGCUCAGGAGGUGUUCGGUGUUCCAGCACCCCUGAGGGAUAUCCUUUUACACCCCCCAUUUCCUUCUCCGUUCCCGAUCCCAUUCCUGUCUCCGAUGGCCUCCGACAGCUUUGCCGACAAAAAUGCUGUCUUCAGAAAACUCAAGGCAAAGUCCGAUAACAAGAUGUGUUUCGAUUGCAAUGCAAAGAAUCCAACUUGGGCGUCGGUUACAUAUGGGAUCUUCCUCUGCAUCGAUUGCUCGGCUGUUCAUCGCAGCCUUGGUGUGCACGUCAGCUUUGUGAGAUCUACAAAUUUAGACUCAUGGACUCCUGAGCAGCUGAGAACAAUGAGCUUUGGAGGAAACAAUCGUGCACAUGUUUUCUUUAAGCAACAUGGUUGGACUGAUGGUGGAAAAAUUGAAGCCAAGUAUACAUCUAGAGCUGCAGAGCUGUAUAGACAACUUCUCUCCAAGGAAGUAGCUAAAAGUAUGGCAGAGGAGGCAGGUUUGCCAUCCUCACCUGUUGCUUCUCAGUCUACACAAGUAGCUAAUGGACUUCCUGAAGUCAGAACCAAUGAACCGCCAAAAGAGAACAUUAUGGAAAAGCCAGAAAUGCCUGAGAGCACUGCUUCCCCUAAAGCUUCUCAUACAACAGUUUCCAGUACUGUCAAGAAACCUAUUGGUGUCAAAAAGGUUGGCAAGACUGGGGGCCUUGGUGCUCGGAAGCUUACUAAAAAGCCAAGUGAAUCUCUAUAUGAACAGAAGCCAGAAGAAGCACCUGCUCCCGUUCCUUCCUCAUCAAGCCAUGCCUUGGCGGCUGGCCCAUCCUUGACAUCUCGGUUUGAGUACGUUGAAAAUCUCCAGUCAUCUGAGUUAAAUUCUGCUGGAGAUUCACACGUACUCAGUCAUGUGGCUGCACCAAAGUCAUCGAGCUUUUUUGCUGAUUUUGGUAUGGAUAGUGGCUUCCCAAAACGGUCUGGGUCAAACUCCUCAAAAAUGCAAAUUCAGGAUUCUGAUGAAGCAAGGAAGAAGUUCUCAAAUGCUAAAUCUAUAUCCUCAGCCCAAUUUUUUGGAGAUCAGAACAAAGCUGCAGAUGCGGACAGUCAAGUUACUUUGGCAAAGUUCUCGGGUUCAACUGCCAUCUCUAGUGCAGAUCUUUUUGGUCAUUCGGCAGAUCCCUCCAUUGAUAUCAGUGCAAGUGACCUCAUCAAUCGUCUAUCUUUUCAGGCACAGCAGGAUAUCUCUUCUAUCAAAAACAUUGCCGGAGAGACUGGGAAGAAGCUGAGUUCUUUGGCAUCCACUUUGAUAACAGACCUUCAGGACAGAAUCCUCUAAUCCUUUAUGUUCUGUCUGCCAGAAAAGGCUUUGCUGUUUAUUCCAGAUACCAGACAGUUAUGUUUCCAAUGCAAUAGAAGAGCUCAAUAUACAAUUUUUUUCUUAAGAAACAAAAAUAAGAUAUUAUAAUAUUCAGGCUUGUCGCAGGUGGUUGUUUCUAUAUAUAUAUAUAUGUAGCACAGGUAUUGUUUUGACUUUUGAGCUUCCUAAUAUGUUCAAGUAUUUUAAAUUAGUCAAUAUCAUGCAAAUUUGUAAGUUGUAACGAACACAGAUGUCCUCUGCAUCAGUUAGAAGUUUACUCUCCCGUAGACAUUUCUGAUUUUGCUGGGCCAUUUUGUGAGUGAAUAAGUUUUUCUUUGUUUA